UGGCCAUCUGGGCCCGCCCGCACACGGACUGCGGGCGCGAGCGACCGGCCUCGCAUCCCCGCGGCCCCCCUCUUUCGCGCCAUGGUCCUCAACAAGCUGUCCGCGCUCAUGGGCCCACCCGCGCUAGCCCCAGAGGACGUGUCCGCGCCGCACGAGCUUUCGGAGGCGCUCUCCAUCUGGUCCCGCGAGGCCGCCCACGCUGCCUCGCGCGGCGCGCGCGCGGCGGCGUACGCCAUGGAGCAGGCGGACGUGGCCAGGAGCACCGCGACGCAGGCCAGGGACAUGCUCGGGGAGAUCCAGGAGAGCCCCUGCUUCGCGCACGCGGACCCCUCCACGACACCGCCGGACGCCUCGCUGGCGGGCCUCGGCGGGCGGGCCUCGCUGCCGGCGUUGGCGCUCGUGGGCUGCCGACUGGCGCAGCGACGUCAGGCGCGGCCCCACUGGCGCCGCAGGGUGCGGCGGGCGUGGCGCCACGCCCACGGCGCAUUCCUGUGA